CCUAACUCAAAAGAUUCGAAAUCUGUUGUUAAAAUCAAACGCAAUUAUUCAACUUCCUUGUACUCAUCAAAUAUUUUCCUUUUAUUCCUUCACAAUAUUUUCCUCAAUAUCAGUGGUUUCUGUUAAAAUUCUUAUCCCUUGACGCGCUAUACUCGCACUACACUGCCGCACUAACUUGCAAGUUACACAGAAGAUCAUGGCCGGUAAUCAAUUAAACGGCGCUUAUUACGGCCCUUCCAUUCCGCCGCCGAAAUCCCACCGCCGUUCAAGCCGCCACGACGACGGUUGUUGUUGCGGCUGUCUCAGCUGUAUCUGCGGUUGCUUCAGAGGCUGUUGCGGCUGCAUCUUCAACUUCAUCUUAAGCAUAAUCUGCAAAAUCUUAACCACAAUCAUAAUCAUCGUCGUAAUCCUCGGUUUCCUCUUCUGGCUCAUCGUUCGCCCUAACGUUCUGAAAUUCACUGUUACCGAUGCAUCGCUUUCUCAAUUCAAUUUCACAAACAACAAUACACUUCACUACAAUCUUGCACUCAACAUCUCGAUCCGAAACCCUAACAAAAGAGUUGGUAUCUAUUACGAUAACAUUGAAACGCUUGCGUUUUAUAAAGAUGUUAGGUUUGGUUCACAAACGCUUGGAACGUUCUUUCAACGCCAUAAGAAUACGAGUUUGUUGAAUCCUGUUUUUAAAGGUCAGCAAGUUGUUCCUUUGAAUUCUGAUCAGAUUUCGGAGUUCGAUAAUGAGAUGAAAGAUGGAGUUUAUGGAAUUGAUGUUAAGGUUUUGCUUAAUGUGAGGUUUAAAUUAUGGUUGUUUAAGACAGGGAAAGUUAAACCUAAGGUUCGUUGUGAUUUGAAGGUUCCAUUGAAAUCCAAGAAUGGAACUUCAUUGGGUAAUGAAUUUCAGGUUACUGAUUGUGAUUGGGAUUAUAAAUGGAGGUUGUUCCGUUAGAUCUUUCAGAUCUCAUAUUCAAACCCUCAAUUUUCUUGUUAUUAUUUUAUUUUAUAAAUUUUUUAGGUGAAUUUUAUAUUUGUUAGUUUCUUCAUUGGACCGUAGUUAUGCUCCUAGAGGGUUUUAUGUUAUGUUUUAAUUUUUAGUAUUUAUCUUUCUAUUGUUGCUAUUGAUUUACGAGUAUUUCUUUUACAUUACAGAUUACUUAGUCCUCAUUAGUCAAUUUUUGUCACAUUUGUUACUUUGUUAGUUCUUUCUGUUCCUUCUCUUUGUUGCGAAGAAGUUAAGGAUUCUGGGUAUGCAAUUCAGUCAUUGUCACUUGUUUCGAUUUUGAUGUGAAAAUAAAUUCAAUUUCUGUUUCA